ACGCACUUCUAGGUUUCUCCAAUCUCAUAUAUAUAUUAUAUAUAUUAAUUAAACACCUUCCCUGCAUGCUGACAGAGGAAAAGGAAGCAGAGGCCAAAAGCGAAACCCAUUCCCGAACACAAGAGACAAACCCUGAAGCGGCGCCGAUGCUUCAAGUUCACCACCCGCAGUUCCACUUUGUCGUCCACCAAAACUGCAACUUGUUGGCCGCCGUUGAUGAAUAUUUGAUGACAAUUAUCUCACAGAUGAACCAAAUUGCAUGUGAAGGCCGGCCUAGAAAGCGACCAGAAACAAUACCUACCACGCUGAUAGAAGCAAAAGUACAAUCGAAAUACUAUCAUGAUUGGACAAAACCUAAGUGGGUGGGGGGAUCUAGUUAUAAAUUUUGUGAGGUGAAGGGUAGUGGGCUCUCCUCCUCAUCCCUCUUGUAGCCAUCCCAGGUAUCUAACCUGUCUGAAGCCUUUUCCACCUGCAACCAAUCAGUUGGGGAAACUCUAUGUUAUUAACCUAAUAAACCCUCUAUUAAUUUGCUAUAUAUAGUUAAUGAUUGUCCCAUUAAAGAAAACAGGUAGUUCAAAAGUUAGCAUAUCAUAGAGACAAAGCACCCCUUAGCAUAUUCACACCAAACAGUUAGAAAAUACGAGCAAAUUUUUUUUUGUCUUAAAGAUAAUUAUAAUACUUGAGAAAUACGGAUGAGCAAAAUGUUGAAACUAAGGAGUCUAAACCGUACUUGUAGCACAUAUUCGAAUGAGUUUGGUGUGAAUACUUAAAAAUUUCAAACACACACCACAUUCAUGUUCUUUUCUAUCUGGUUCAAUGAAAAUACACCCAAAAAUAGUAUCGGUUGGAUUUUCCUUAUCAAAUCAAUUCAACUUCAUGGGAUUGUCCUAGUGGUACUUUGAGUGUGAGGAUGAAAACAUGUACCCCGCCACGCCUAGGAUUCAAUGAGCACAUCUACCAACGUAAAAAAAAUCAAAUCAAAUUCAAUUGAAAACCCAUGUUUAUUUUCCAUCCUACUUUAAAAAUCAAAUCUCGAGUCGAGGAGUCUCUCAUCAACUGUAUUACUACAUGAUGUGCAUAUAUGCCUUAUAUGGUCAUGGGGCCUGGCUGGAUAGUAGAUAAGUUGCUCCAUCAUUUUUGGGGCCGGCCUAAACAGAUAUUGUACUUUCAUAAUUGGGCCUGAGAAUCGGUCAGCGAAAUAAAGCCCAGCCUACUUUGGGUCUGAUACAGCCUAAUAAACUAAUAUACAGUUGAAGUGGCAAACAAAAAAUAAUCCCCGACGAAACGCUAGCAAUAUGAGGUGUGAAACAAUUAUUAUUCACAAAACGAAAUGGGUACCUCCUUUAUCCAAUCAGUCCGAACAGUGACCCAAAUCAAAAUUAUCGUUUGCAAUGCCGUUCCACCAAUCAUCCCCGACCAUAUCCCCUGUUCGAGCCCAAAAAGGAAAAUUAAUAAUAAAAAAUGGUCAAAUCUUUAAUUUUCUAAAGAAAAAUAAAUCAAAUGGACCCAACAUAAUUAACAUUUUCACUCAUUAGUUAGAAUAGGAGGAGGAUAUUACCUAAAAAAUAUGACCAUAUUUAAUUGAAAUAUUUUUGACAAAUAAUUGACAUAUUAAAAA